AUGAGUUAUAAUUAUUUGUUCAAAAUAGUUAUUGUCGGCGAUCACAAUUGCGGUAAAUCGUGCAUCUUGCUGCGAUUCGCGGAGAACUCAUUCCGACAUGAUCAUAUUAGCACGCUUGGCGUGGAUUUCAAACUGAAAACAAUAAAGCUUGGACGUGACAAAAUCCGGCUCGAAUUAUGGGAUACAGCUGGUAAAUCUGUUUCAUUUCAGUGGUAA